AUGACGAACCGAAAGGAUAGGGCGUGGAAGACCUCUCAAAAGACUUUUAUAGAUGAUCCACUCCGGGUCUUACGUGUCAUACGCUUUGCGACACGUUUCGGAUAUGAGAUCGAUGAAGAGAUUGUGCGCAGUGUCGCGGAUGAUGAAAUCAAGAAAGCUUUCGAACGCAAGAUCACGCGAGAGCGAAUUGGCGUUGAGCUGAAAAAGAUGAUGAAGGGCCCGGAUCCACUAAGAUCGCUACGUUUGAUCAAAGAGUUUGGAUUUUAUGACUUGGUUUUCGUACCACCCGCUGGCCACGAGGUUGAAGUGGAUUCCGAUCUUGUCCUUCGAUUGGGUCAAGCGGUUGAAAGUUUAUUAGCAUCGAAGCAAUUUGAAAGGUUCUGGGCAGGAGCCAUUAAAACUGCUUUCGAACCAGACGAUAGACGCCUACUUUACUUGACGUGCGCCGUUGCACCAUUUCGGGAAUACACAUACAUAGAGAAGGAGAAGGAGCAUAGGCUUAGCAGGGAGGUGAUGUUGCAGUCGGUCAAGCUUAGCAGCUAUGAUGCCGAUGUGACGUCCGCCAUUCUUGCGAACCUGGACCACGUGCGCGAAGCGGUAAUGAAGCAUUACACUCAUGGGCUAGAUCGGAAAACCCUUGGUUUAUUUGUUAGACAUCUUGGCGGCAAGCCACUUCGUGAAAAAUGGCCAUUAGCACUUUUGUUUGCGUGGGCAUUCGACCUUAUUGAUAGGCGGGCUUGGAUGCGUAGUCAUUUGGUGGACGACAGGGGCUUGGAAACAAUAACUGCCGAUGCAUACUGUCAUCUCAUUCACACAAUUCGACACCUUGGACUCGAAGACGCUCAAGAUUUCCGACCAUGCUUAAAUGGAAAAGAAGUUGCGACGAUCUUGGGCAUCAAACCUGGACCUGAAAUAGGAAUCUACCUCCAACGUCUGAUCGAACUCCAAUUUUCCAAGCCGGAAAUCACAAAAGAAGAGUGCAAGCAUUUGCUACGAUCUGGGUUUUUUGGUGGGGCUGAAGGAAAGUAACAAUUGUUUUUUUUGGCUUUACGGUGAGAUGUUUUUCUUGGUGUGGUGGUUUGUAUAUCCUAAAUGGAGAUGACGAUUUUGACGGGCUUUUUUCUCUUUUUUGUUUAAACAGACGAGACAAUGGAGUCUUCACC